AUGGGAAUCUCAGUCCUUUCAGGGUAUAAAGUUGGCUGGGGAUAUAAAUUUUCCUAUCAAGGUUAUGUUUCCAAGUCAGUUUUAAAUCCUCAUGGCCACCGAUAUACUUCAGAAAUUCGAUUUAUCUCUAAAGUCGAUCUUGAAAUCUUUCGACAUGAUAUCGUCAAAUUGAAGCUAAAUUCGAUCCGACUAUAUCAAGACAAUCGACCAUCGAAAGAUGGGAAAGCAUUUGCUAAAGGAUUAGCCGCCUAUCCCACUUAUUUUCAAUGGAUCCAUGGUCAAAUUACUGCUAUUUACACAAAUAAACAUGAACCAGAAUGGGUUCUAAACGUUAAAAGGGGCAUUAUUAGCGGAUUUAUUUUGAAUUAUAUACCGUAUCAAACUCAAUACUCCAUUUCAGAGACGUGUUCGUCUUUAUAUUUGCAUGAAUAUCUAGAUGGAACUUUAGGUCAAUCCGAUAUUGAUGGUACCUGUCUGACUAAUUACACCAUUAACACCGAAAAGCCAGGCCUAACUACUGUGACAAAAUUUCGCGAUGUUACUAAUUGCAAAGGAAGAAUUUUAUCAUCAUCUUGCACUUUUGAUGACAUCGGUCGGGAGAAUUGUAAAGAUCACUUCCAAGUAGCAGAUAGUGCCACUUUCCAAAUUACCAAUAAUAAAGGUGAAAAUGGAAUCAUUAAAAGAAGUAUCCGAAGAGAGAAAUUUACCUUUGUACCAUUUUCCAAGGAUAAAGGAUCAGUAGUGGUUGAAACGAGACGGGUAUUCAAGUAUUUUGUCAAUUAUGCCCUGAAACACGAUUUAUCGGAACUUUAUAAACUUCAGGGCCUAUUAGCUAAAAAAUAA